UUUAACAUACAGUGAUACCGAAACAGCAGCAUGGCGAGUAGGGAUAGAGUACAGACUUUCUCACAGGCACCAAGAACAAAAUCAUUAUUAUCAUUAUCAUGUAUUGGAAUUUUGAGAGUUUUAUUUAUUGCAAUAAUUCACGUGGCGCAGGCGAACAAGCAAGGAUUCAUCUCUUGGAAGUUUCUUCAAAGUGCAACUUCUGCUUUCAUCCAGUCAAACAAAAUCCUGGAGGUACUACAUUUCGGAGAUGGGGGUCUCUUGCAGACAGAGUCUGACAUUGACCUUAGUUCAUAUCAUCAAAAAAGUGCCUCCUCACAGAGGGGUAAUAGCAGACCUAUACGGUUUGAGCCGCCAAUGCUGGACUUCCACGAACAGCCUGUUGGAAUGCCAAAAAUGGAAAAAGUUUACUUACACAAUCCAAGUUCAGAAGAAAUUAGUUUAAUAUCAAUAUCAGCAACAACGGCACAUUUUCAUGCAUCAUUUUUUCAGAGUAGGAUAAUUCCACCAGGAGGGAAUACCUCGUUUGAUGUGGUAUUUCUAGCUCGAGUAGUAGGGAAUGUAGAAAAUACAUUAUUUAUUAACACAUCUCACCAUGGAGUGUUCACAUACCAGGUGUUUGGUGUGGGCAUCCCUAACCCUUACAGACUCAGACCCUUUGUGGGGGCCAGAGUUCCAGUAAAUAGCAGCUUCUCUCCACUCAUAAACAUCUUUAACCCACACAGCGAACCACUCCAGGUUGUGGAGAUGUACUCAAGUGGGGGUGACCUGCACUUGGAGCUGCCCACCGGCCAGCAAGGUGGCACUAAAAAAUUAUGGGAGAUUGCCCCCUUUGAGACAAAGGGUGUGAUGAGGGCCAGCUUCUCCUCACGGGAUGCUGACAACCACACAGCUUUCAUAAGGAUCAAAACCAAUGCCUCGAAUGAGGAUGAGUUCAUCAUCCUCCCUGUGGAAGUGGAGGUCACCACUGCCCCUGGUAUAUACUCCUCAACGGAGAUGUUGGACUUUGGUACACUUAGGUCACAAGAUCGACCAAAACAGUUAAAUUUGCAUCUCUUAAAUUCUGGGGCAAAAGAUGUAUCAAUUAUGAGUGUUCGGCCAACACCAUCAAACGAAGCCAUUACAGUCGAGUUCAAGCAGAUAACACUAAAAGCAGGAGAGUCUCGAUAUACCAAAGUUGCAAGUAUUCAUUUUGAUGCUUCAAAGGCAAGAAGACCAGACCAGUUUUCUGGUAAAAUAACAGUAAAGGCAAAAGAGAAAAGCUACUCAAAACUUGAAAUCCCUUACCAAGCAGAAGUGUUAGAGGGGUACCUGGGCUUUGACCACUCAGCUACACUGUUCCACAUCAGAGACAGCCCUGUAGAUCCAGUGGACAGGCCCAUCUACCUCAGUAAUACUUUCAGCUUCGCCAUAAGCAUCCACAACGUGUCUCUUCCUGAAGAUGCCAAGACUAUGUUUAACGUGCAGAAUUUCAGCACACCAGUGCUGAUCCCACCUCAUGAGUCACGCUACAUCUUUUCCCUCCUUUUCCGUCCGGUGCGUCCUUCUAUCCACAUCGACAGCAACAUCCUUCUCGUUACCAACGCGUCCAAGUUUCACCUGCCUGUCAGGGCGUACACUGGCUUUCUGGAGCCUGUAGUCCUGCCCCCCAGUCCUAAGGAGCACAUCUUGGACUAUGGGGUCCUGAGUGCCACGGACACCAGCACUUUGGUGUUUGUGGUUGUCAAUAGCAACCCCAUAGAGCUGGAAAUAAAGUCAUGGCUUGUGACGGGGGACAGUCUGUCCAUGGAGCUACUGAGCACAGAGAAAGGGAAUAGGAGUGUAGCGCUGAGUCACAUUCGAGAGCUCCAGAACAUCUCGGCAGCCAAUCAUAAAACUGUCAUUUUAGCCUCCGGCUAUUAUGCAACAUUUAAAGUCACUCUGAUGGCUAAAUCCCUGGAGGGCACGUAUGAUGGAGCUGUGCACAUUACCACAGACUAUGAGAUAUUAACCAUCCCAGUAAAAGCCCUCAUAGCUGUGGGAACAUUAAGUUGUUCACCUAAACACCUUGUCAUGGCUCCUUCCUUUCCGGGCAAAGUGGUCCACCAGCCUCUCAGCAUCCAGAGCUCGUUCACACAGAGGGUGCGGCUACAGCAGAUCCUCUCGCUCACGGAGGAUCUGCGCUUCUAUUACAAACGCUUGCGCAGUAACAAAGUGGACCUGGAGCCCAGGCGCAAGUCCAAGAUAGCAAAUAUUUAUUUUGAUGCAAGUUUACAGUGUGGUGAUCACUGUUAUGUAGGAUUACCAUUUGUGCUGAAAUCUGAGGCAAGGACACAGAGUCUGGCCAUGCAGGAGGACAUUUGGGAUGCUGAUGUGGAUUUACACCAGAAGCUUCUGAAAAGAUGGAGAGAGCUAAAGGAACAGUCAGGCCUCGAGGUUGCAGCUGUAUUUGAAGUGAACACAGACUUGCAGAAAAAGGUGCAAGCCAAAAUUUCAGCACAGCUGGCAUGGCCAUCGUUGGUCAACUCCUCAGCGCAGGUCCUGUUUCCUCUCACCAACACCAACAGCACCUCAGAAGAGGAGGUCAUCCUAGAGAACCCAGCUGAUGUUCCAGUCUAUGUGCAGGUUCUUCCUAUCGCCUUGUACCCUGUCCCCACAGCCUUCACAGGAAUGGUAGAAGACAGAUUCCCAAGGAGACAGUUAUCCAACAUGGACAUAAAUACACUGGAAUUUGAAGUCCAAACAAAUCAAUCCGCAGUGAUGAGCUCCACAGGGUUUGUUGAGGGCACAACACGUCCCUUUGUCCUCAACAUGCUGCUCAUGCCCGGUGAGGCGAAAUCCUUCAGUGUAAGGUUCACACCCAUGAGCAAUCAUACUGUCUCCUCCCUGCUUGUGGUCAGGAACAACCUCACAGUGGUUGAACUGAUCAUGGUGCAUGGUCAGGGCACCAGGGAAAGCCUGAAGCUUGCAGGGAAGACCCCAGGACCAAGCAGCUCCCUGAGGUUUAAGAUGACUGAGGCCCUCCUUAAAGACUGUUCAGAAAACAAACCCAAGGAACCCAAUUUUACUCUACGAAGGACAUUUAGGUUGGAGAACAAUGGGCUCCUCCCUAUUCAUGUUCGAUCCAUGGAGAUAAGUGGCGCUUACUGUGAGGGCUACGGAUUCAAAGUUCUCAACUGUCAAGAAUUUGCACUUAAACCAAACACUUCAAAAGACCUUGUCAUACUGUUUACACCAGAUUUCACUUCUUCACGAGUUAUCCGGGAACUGAAGUUGGUGUCUGCUGGUGGCUCAGAGUUUGUGUUUGUGCUGAAUGCCUCCCUGCCCUACCACGUGCUGCCAGCAUGUGCAGAAAGCAUUCCCCCACCCAACUGGGAGCUGGAGCUGUACAUCAUCGUCUCCCUGUUUAUGAGCAUACUGCUCUUCUUGUGUUGUGUAGUUCUAUGUUUUCUCCUGGUUAUUGCCACUGCCUACCUGGAAGCCCAGGGAAUAUGGGAGCCAUUCAAGAGACGCCUAUCUGUGGAGUCCAACUCUCCCAUAGAGACCGGAAAACCAUUUGAUCUCAGGGAAAUUGUAAGAAUUCAAAGUGAUGCAAACCUGAACGAUUUUGCUGACUCGCACCAGAACUCGGCGAGAGGAAUAUAUGGCUCUCAGGUGGGGCUGGACGGGCUGGCAGUCGGCAAGGUGGCCCGCACCUCCAACAGCAGCAGUAUUCUGGGGGACAGCAAGUCCAGAGGCAGCUCAAGCCGCCAAAUAUCUAUGCAAGCUUCUUCCUCAUCUAUUAAAGAUAAUGGCCCAGGACUCUCCCAGCACAACCGCAGGGCAAGAAGCUCCAAACAGCAGCAGCAGCAGCAGCAGCCGAUCUCCAGUCCCUUGGAAGAGCUCCAGAACCUGGGUACUCAGCCGCUGUUGCAGCCCCAAAAGGUCCACAGUACAGAAGAUCAGGACUACAAUAGACUUCUGGUAGCUAUGGACAAAGACUUGGAUCGGCCUGAGUCCCCAGGCAUCAGCACAUUCACAGAAACCAAUAUACAGCAGUCUUCACAGAGUAAAGUGCUGGAAUCAAAAGGGAAAGUGAAGAGUAAAACAAAGGCUCAGAAAAAGAAAGAGGAGAAAGAGAGGAAAGCAAAGGGAAAACCCCAAGCAGAGGAAUUAAAAGAGGCACUUGCAGACAACGACGACAGUUCCUCCACUACCACUGAAACCUCCAACCCAGACACAGAGACUAUUAUAAAAGAGGAACCAAUGAAGAAAAAGGUGAAGACGGUCAUGGUGGAAAAAGAACGAGAUGAAAUCCCUCCCUCUCCUACAAAACCCAAAAUCAAGAAACAAUCAGCCACAAAGAAGGAGAAUCAAGUGGAGAAGACCAGUUCUCUGGAACUCCCUUAUGUCACCCCAUUGGAAAAUAAGCAGCGCAAAACAUUUCCCAAAACCAUGAUCAACACAGGACCCUCCAGUCUUUCCAAACCAAGACCUCCCACAAAACAGAGAUUGCCAAGUGGGAAGCCGGAGGAUGGGCGUCCAUCUCCGUUGGCGAAGUUCCUUAACAACGGCUUCAUGCAAGACCUCAGCAGUGGCUCAGAAGGAGAGAAGGAGUCCCCUCCACCGGAAUGGGAUAUUCCAAUAAAAGAAGGCAUCCAAGCAGACAGUUUGCAGCAGAUCUCCUUACAAACCAUGAAUGCAGAUCCAUUUCUGAAGAGACCAAUCUCAGCUGUUUCCAGAACUUGCUCCUCUCCCCCUACCUCCCCCACCUUGUUUCGCGGGAGCUACAGUAGUGUGCUCAACCCCAGUGAGUUAAACCCAAAGAAGGCUCCAGGCAAUAAACUGCCCAAGUCCACAUCUCUACCUGGGAAAAACGGAAAUCCUACUUUUGCAGCAGUGGCUGCCGGCUAUGACAAAAGCCCUGGUGGCAGUGGCUCAGGUAAGACUGAAGGUCUUGGGAUGUUGGCCGGACCGCACAUGGCAUCAGUGGAGAGUGACAGCUCUGAUAGUUCUGGGUUAUGGAGUCCUGUUGAAUGCAUCAGCAGCCCUGGGUACAAUUCCCUCAAUUCUUUCUCUGCAUUUGGACUCAACAACCCACUCAAUUUAUCUGGAGUUUUCAGUGGCAUGACUGUGCCCAAAAGUGGUAUUUCAGAGUCUCCGUCGGGCUGGCCAGAAUACCCCUCAGUGCCCUCGUCCAUCUGGGACUCAGAACGUUCGAACCCUUGGCCUACCAGCACCAGUUCCCCAACCACUCCAACAGCUUCCAUCCUGGGGAAGUCUCGUAACCCUUGGUCCCCUAGCCUGCCCUUCAGCAGUUCAAUCUGGUCUACGGGAGGAGACUCCACCCUGCACUCCACCAACCUAUCUGACCUAGUCAGCCACACGGCUCCACCCACUCCGGCUCCCACGGACCUAGGUCGCACCUACAACCCCUGGAGCAUGUGGCCUCCCACGCUGAACCGUUGGAACUCCGAGCCCUGGCCCAACAACCCUGACAACAACAAUGGUAACUAAAGAAGAUGCACUGUCCCAAAAUAAUGGCCCUCAUAGCAACAAAACAACAAAUUUCAUGGUUUCUGUUCUUAGAAUAACUUUGUUUUCUUUGUUAAACACUGCUAAAUAUGCAGAUAUAAUUUUACUUGUAAAAUCCUUUUGGAGAAAUUGAGAUUUAACCAAGCAUUGGUUUGGACAGAUUUCCACUUUCCACCUCCAAAUUUAGAUCAUAGCUAACAAAAUUUGUAUUUGUUUUUUGGGGGUGUGAUGCAUAAACCUUAAGGCAGUUUUAACUGAAGCAACUCAACAACAAAUUAAGAUAUUGAUAUAAAAGAAUGGUAUUGCCCUUGUAGGGGUGUUUGUUUUUUGUUUUUUUUUGUUUUUUGUUUUUUAUUAAUUUUAAUACCCUUUUUGAGUAAUACUGUGUUCAUUUUUGGAACAGAAGUAUAUGGCCCAGUAUUACAGAAUGGUUUAAAGUGCAGUAUUACCCAACUGUUUAUUAAGCACUUUGUGUUAAAUCCCAUUCUUAAAAAGAAAUGGGCCCUGGUUUAAGAGUUACCUCCAUUUUAGAACAUAUUUGGCCAAACCUGUUGAUUUCCAGUGACUUGGAGUAUGAUCGUAGAGGUUUCAUUAAGACAGUUAUUACAGCAUUAUCUGCAUUGCAGAAUUCUUUUCCCGAUUUGUUUUAUAGUUAAAUGCCAAAUCAAGAGUGCAUUCAGGAUUCAAAGUUUAACUUAUUUUUUUUUUUAAUGGGUUCAGGUUAAAGUAAAAACUUUGUUUAAAUUGGAUUUUGAUGUAAUGUCUAACAGAUGAACCUUAUUAAAUGAAGGUUUGGAGUUUAUUCUGUAUAUGGUUCAUUUGUCACCUUGAGUGGGACAUCAUUGGUUCAAAUAAAACAUAUCAGGCAGCAAUAUCAA